AUCUCCGUCCAGGCUGCAACAACACGAACAAUCCACGCUCUGGUCCGCUCUUCACCCACCACCCAAGAUGUUCUUCUUCGGCCUUGGGAAGCUCGUCUAUGUCAUCAUCCUCCUCAUCAACUCGCUCGCUGUCCUCUCCGAAGACCGAUUCCUAGCCAGAAUCGGAUGGGGUCGCACACAAGGUGACCCGGCCUUCGGCGCAUCCUACGAUACCACCAGCGUCAAAGCCAAAACCAUUAAUCUGAUCGCGAGUGUGCGGACCGUUAUGCGAAUACCCCUCAUUGUAAUCAACACGAUAGUCAUCGUUUACGAGCUUAUCCUGGGUUGACGGACGGUGUAAGAUCUUUUCUAUGGGUUGGGGGUUUCGGAUACAUACAGCAUUGCUCUUCUUGCUUCCGGGGAUUGAGGGGAUAUAUUCCGCUUUGUACGAAAAUGACUGGGUUGAAAUGAUAUGAGUUUUGCAUUGAUAUGAAUAAACCUUUGCGGGUCGUCCGUCUGGUGCAGUGAGCUGAAGUGGACAUGUCCUGGUUCUACACUUCCCCGGCUAGGUAGGAACGCUCUUCUUAUGCGGAUGUAUUCGCAUCAGAGUCUAUAUACCGUGUAAUGUUGAUACAUAUGGUC